AGCAAACAUAAAUUUCUCCAUAAAAAAUUUGUCGUUUAUUUUCCUUAUCUCAAUUUCUAUGGACCCUAUCUCUUGAGAAGUGUAAAUACAGGUGGCGUUUCUUAAUCUUGAAUCUGUGAAAUUAGUAAUUACAUUUCGUUGCAGAAAACAUAUACUUUUCCGACAAAACAUGGAAGAUGUUAAUCAGGAGAAGAAGAAAGUACCUCCAAUGUCUGAACCAGAAAGAUCCACACCGAUUAAGGUAACAAUAUCAAGAAUCUUUAUCUUAAACUUGAACCAACUUUUUGAAACAUCAACACUACACCAUGUUCUUGAUUUUAGUUUAUUGAAAUCUUGAUAAGUCGAAUCUUGUGUUUAAAAUGUUUUUUUUAAGUAAUUUAGAGCUAUGUCCCCUCGAGUCCACCUUCUGGUGAGCACAAGGCUUUGCUUUUUUGUUGCAGACUACAGGAGGACAGUAUCGUUUCUGCAAGUCAUGUGUUGAAGGAAGUAGUUGCAGGACAGUGAGGUCAAGAACCAAGCUUAUGAACGUUUUGAUAGAACGUGGAAGACCUCACGAGGCUCAAACUGUUUUCAAAACAUUGGCAGAGACGGGACAUAGACCGUCUUUGAUCAGUUACACAACUCUUUUAGCUGCAAUGACGGUUCAGAAACAGUAUGGUUCCAUAAGCUCUAUAGUCUCUGAGGUGGAACAGAGCGGAACCAAACUUGAUUCUAUAUUCUUCAAUGCUGUUAUUAACGCUUUCUCUGAGUCCGGUAACAUGGAAGAUGCGGUGCAAGCUCUGUUGAAAAUGAAAGAACUUGGUCUAAAUCCGACUACGAGUACUUACAACACUUUGAUUAAAGGGUAUGGGAUUGCAGGUAAGCCUGAGAGAUCAUCUGAGUUACUGGAUCUUAUGUUGGAAGAGGGCAACGUCGAUGUUGGACCGAAUAUAAGGACGUUUAAUGUGUUGGUGCAAGCCUGGUGCAAGAAGAAGAAGGUGGAGGAGGCGUGGGAAGUGGUGAAGAAGAUGGAGGAGUGUGGAGUUAGGCCGGAUACGGUGACUUAUAACACGAUUGCAACUUGUUAUGUGCAGAAAGGAGAGACCGUGAGAGCUGAGAGUGAGGUGGUUGAGAAGAUGGUUAUGAAGGAGAAGGCGAAACCGAACGGAAGAACGUGUGGGAUUGUUGUGGGAGGGUAUUGCAGAGAAGGGAGAGUGAGAGAUGGUUUGAGGUUUGUGCGGAGAAUGAAGGAAAUGAGAGUGGAAGCGAAUCUUGUGGUCUUCAAUUCUUUGAUCAAUGGCUUUGUUGAAGUCAUGGACCGUGAUGGUAUCGAUGAGGUUCUUACCUUGAUGAAGGAGUGUAACGUGAAGGCAGAUGUAAUCACGUACAGUACUGUGAUGAACGCUUGGAGCUCAGCUGGAUACAUGGAGAAAGCUGCACAAGUGUUUAAAGAAAUGGUUAAAGCAGGAGUCAAACCAGACGCUCACGCGUACAGCAUUUUAGCUAAAGGGUACGUUAGAGCAAAAGAGCCAAAGAAAGCAGAGGAGCUUCUUGAGACAUUGAUAGUUGAAUCCAGGCCUAACGUUGUGAUCUUCACCACUGUGAUUAGCGGGUGGUGUAGCAAUGGAAGUAUGGAUGAUGCAAUGAGGGUUUUCAACAAGAUGUGCAAGUUCGGGGUUUCGCCAAAUAUAAAGACGUUUGAGACUCUGAUGUGGGGUUACCUAGAGGUGAAGCAACCAUGGAAAGCAGAAGAAGUUUUGCAGAUGAUGAGAGGAUGUGGUGUAAAGCCUGAGAAUUCUACCUUCUUGCUGUUAGCAGAAGCUUGGCGUGUCGCGGGACUCACUGAUGAGUCGAACAAAGCUAUCAAUGCAUUGAAAUGUAAAGACAUAGAGAUCGCAAAGUUAGAGAAGCUGUACCAAAAACAGUCCUCUGGUAGUAGUUUUAACCUAUUGCAGAUUCCAGUCGGGAAACGGGAGCUUCCAACCGCAAAAGCGAUGAAUCUUUCUGCUUGUAAACUCGGAGCUCGAGUGCCAAUCAUAUGCCAGAAGCAGUCCCAAGCACAGUUUGGGAUCAGUGGACAGUUUGUACAUUCUUGUACAGUGUUCUUGAGCUGAAAGGACAAAACUGAAGCCAGAGAUUUGGUUUUUCUAUUCUUCUGUUGAAAUUUGAGAGUCAAUACUUUGAGAACUCUCACUAUGUGUAAAUUACAACAGAAUAGUCUUGUAUAUAAGAAAAAGUAUUGUACAGUUGCUGUUUUCAAUAACUGCAGACUCAUAGAUUUGGAGAAAGAAAUAAAACUCUUAAUAAGCAGUAAACAUACACAAACCAGUGACACAAUUCUGCUUCGAAAGAAGUAAUACUCACAGAUAGGUUUAGAGCCUGUCUUUGCAUUCAAUUAUUGCUCUAAGGGAAAUUUGCUGAGAAGCCAAAC